ACCUGUCGCCAAGUGAAGUUGGCACCGGCGGCCAAGAAGCCUGCCGCCCGCCCCACCACCAAGCCUGCACCACCAAAGCAGGACAAGGCCAAGAAGCCUGUCAAGUCCGUCAAGUCUGUCAAGCCCGUCAAGCCUGUCAAGGGCGGCAAGGCUGCUGCUGUCAAGCCCAAGAAGAAGAAGCUGGUUAUCAAGAAGGCUAUUGACACAGCGACCAGGGUGAUCAAGGGCCGCCAUGGCGUGCGUAUCAAGAGGAUCAGGACCUCCUGUCGCUUCCAUGUUCGUCCCACACUCAAGCUGCCGCGCAAGCCCAAGUACCCCAGGAAGAGCAUGCCUAGGAAGACCAGGCUGGACAAGUACAGCAUCAUCAAGUACCCCCUCACCACGGAGGCCGCUAUGAAGAAGAUCGAGGAGCACAACACGCUCGUCUUCAUCACCGACAUCAACGCUAACAAGCAUCAGAUCAAGAUGGCCGUCAAGAAGCUGUACGAGAUCAACACUGACAAGAUCAACACGCUCAUCAGACCUGAUGGGCUCAAGAAGGCCUACGUGAAGCUGGCGUCCGACUACGACGCGCUCGACGUCGCCAACAAGAUCGGCAUCAUCUAAAAUAUGGCGCCAUCCCGG